GUUCGCGUCGGGCCCGGGGCUGCGGCACCGCCAUGUCCCGGCGGGACGGCCCGACCGGGCCCGACCUGAACGCGGAGCGGGAGAAGAUCCGCCGAGAAAUCGAGGAGCUGGAGCGCAGCCUGCAGCUGGACGUGACCAGCGUCGACGUGAGCGUGUCGGACUCCAGCCUCAGCUCGGAUGAUGCUGAAGAUGACAGCUCAGAUGCCCAUGCAGAAAUGGAGGUGGAAAGAGAAGAGGACACUAGUGAUGAUGAUGUUGAAAGCAGCCUGCUGGAAGAUCCAGAAAUGUGUCUGCAGAUGAACUAUGUGUAUCAGGAGGUUAUCCAGGAAAAGAUUGAGGAAGUAGAGCUGCUGAUUGCACAAAACAAGGAACAGCAGAAGGAAAUUUUGUGUGAGCUUGAUGGCAGAAAAACAGCAAAGACAGGGGAUGGUCGAAAUUUACCAUCAAACAUAUUUCUGGGCCAUUUUAGGAAGCCCUACUUUAAGGAUAAGACAACAGGAAUUGGCCCUCCUUCUAAUGAAGAUGCCAAGGAAAAGGCAGCUCAGGGCAUAAAAUCCUUUGAACAACUGCUAUCAACAAAAUGGAAAAGCAGAGAGAAGGUGUUACUGCAGAAGUCAGUUGUAAGUGACCGCUUGCAGCGCCUGCUACAGCCCAAGUUACUGAAGUUGAGUUACUCAAAUCAGAAGCUGGAAAAAGUCAAGACUGAAAUGGAGAAACAGAUCUUGGAAAAGCAAAUCAAAGAAGUGGAACGGGAAAUAGAGGCAAUUAACCAACUUCCAGAAAGUGACUUGCUGGGGGACAGAUUUGAUGAGCAUGACUGGGAGAAGAUUUCAAACAUUCAUUUUGAUGGACAGCGCAGUUCAGAAGAGCUGAGGAAGUUCUGGCAAAACUGGGAGCAUCCAAGCAUCAACAAAAAUGAGUGGACAGAGGAGGAAACGGAGAGGCUGAAGGAUAUCGCUGCCAAACAUGGUUAUUUGGACUGGCAGGCCGUAGCCCAGGAGUUGGGGACAAACAGGACGGCUUUUCAGUGCUUGCAGAAAUACCAAACCUAUAACAAAGACUUGAAAAGGAAAGAAUGGACCAGAGAUGAAGAUAAGAUGCUUUUAGAGCUUGUUCAAGAGAUGAGAGUGGGAAGCCAUAUCCCAUACAAGAAAAUUGCCUAUUACAUGGAAGGAAGAGAUUCUGCCCAGCUGAUUUAUCGAUGGACAAAGAGUGUGGAUCCCAGUUUGAAGAAAGGGCCCUGGACACCUGAGGAAGAUGCAAUGCUGUUGGCUGCAGUUGAGAAGUAUGGAGAGCGCGACUGGUAUAAAAUUCGGACGGAAGUACCAGGGAGAAGCGACGCGCAGUGCAGUGACCGGUACUUAAAGGCAUUGCGCCGUGAUGUGAAGAAAGGCAAAUGGAGUUUAAAGGAAGAAGAACAGCUCAUUGAUCUGGUGCAAAAGCAUGGCCUGGGUCACUGGAGCAAAAUAGCUUCUGAGUUGCCACACCGGACUCGUUCCCAGUGCCUGAGCAAAUGGAAAAUCAUGAUUGGGUCGAAGAAACGCUCUGGGUCCAUGAAACGGCAGUAUAUGGAGGAGAGUUCCAGCUGUUCAGAGAGCAGCAGCGAAGACGUGGAGCUGGAUUUGUCAGACACUUCUGAGGAGGAGAAGACGACGAGUAAGGAGGAACGCGCCUUCCCCAGCAUUGAUUUGUGGAUCCCAACGCAGACAGAUGUGCUGGAGUCGUGCCAAGGAAAGCACCCGACUUCAGCUCCUUUCUCUUUGGCGAGUGCUAAUGCAAGGACCAGCAGCAGUGAAACUCCAAGUGCAAGGUGUGAGGGAGGAGCUGCUGAUAAAUCGAGAGAAUUGAGCACCAUCCUGAGGGGCAUGGCACGGCCCCACGCCACGGACAUCACUGUGAAGGAUCCGGUAGAAGAAAUUGACAAGGCUUCCAGGUGUGGGAAGCAAGUGCUGCGGGUUACCCUGGAGGAUGUGAGAAGAGUGCUAAGAGAGAACACGUGCUUUCAGAGGAAACUUCAAUCAAAGCUGGUAAUGUCUUCUGCCGCCACUUUAACAAAGACGUCUGGAGCUGCUCCAUCUGCUGCUGAGAAGCACGGGGGGCUGAGGAACAGCCUGGGGAAAACUCGUCGCCAGGAGAGAGCGCGGUGGAGGAAGAUGAACCUUGACAGAAAACUCCUGAUGGCAGUGACGCCUUGGGUGGGCGACGUGCUAUUGCCUUGCACCUUGCAAGCUGGGAAGAUGGCUUUCUAUCAAACCAAAGCUUAUUCUAUUCAGCAGAAGGUGAAGUCGGUCAGUCUCUCCAGCACUCCCCUGUUCACGCUUUUCAUUCAGCUCUUUCAGAUUGACACCAAUGGCUGCAUGAAGAUCAUUCGGGAGAGAAAGGCCGAUGCAGUGAGGCCUCAGCAGGCUUCCCAAAACUCGGAGGCUUCUUCAGGCAAUGCAUCACAGCCUGCUCCUGACACACAGAAAGCUCUUCCAGCUCUUCCAGCUCUUCCACCUCUUCCAGCCCAGGCUCAAAGGCAGAAGCCUAAAACUGUCUCAGAACUGCUGAGAGAAAAGCGGCAGAGAGAGAAGCAGCUAAAAGAGAAAGCUGUGCAGACAGCAGUAAUUGUUACCCCGCAGAUGCUGCUUUCGGGGCCUUUGAUAUUCCAGCACCCACCACAGCAAAUGAUUCCUUCUGCAGAAGUGGGGAGCAAACCUGGAGCAGCCAGCUCUACAGCCAGCCAAGUACAACACGUGCCAGCUCCCCCGUCGGCGUUGACGUCUGGUGCAGGUUCUGCUUCUACUCCCAUUGUGCUUGAAAACCGUUCUCCAUCAGUGCCAAAAGCUGGGGAGAACCCUGGUUCCUCACAAGAGACAAAAGUGCAAUCUAAUAAGGAACUAACUGAGCAAGCUCCACAGAGUACCGCUGAAAGGGGAGUUUUUCCAGGCCUGAAUCCAGCUGCAGCAGGGAAGGCCCCAGAUCAAGGAGGGUGCAAUGGUCAGGUCCUAGCUGGUAGCUCAGCUCCAGUAGUGUUGCAGAAUCGAGCUUUAGUGCCACAUCAAGUUACAGUGGUGCCUUUUGGCAUUGAGUCUGGCAGCAGCAAACUGUCUCUUCCCGCGCCAGUUACGUAUGAACGGAAUCGUGGGCCGGUCAAUGUAUUGACUGCUCUUGUAGCUCCGCAGCCUGGCUCCCAUUUGACUCCUGACAGCGUGCUGCCUGUCACCUGGAUUGUAACACCUCAGGCUUUGCUCCCCAGCGCUGUGCAGACCAUUGUGGGUGUUCCCCAAGGUCUGCCAGCUGUUACUGUGAGGAGUCAAAGUCAGGCAAGUGUGACACCCAGCGGCCAUGUCUCUGGUUUAGGAGUGCCUCCUGUAUCUGGGGUAAAUAUGCCUCACCCAAGCCACGAGACAAAAACAAGUCCCCAGUUAGCUGCAGGGGUCCCAGCAGGACAGGCGGCUGGUGUGAGCCAUUCUGCAAGCGUCUUCCCUGUGAGCUCAGCUGAUCCCGUGUGCAGUGUAUCCAGUGUUUCUUCUGCCAUGUCUGCACAUUCAGAUAGUUCCUCCAAGACUGCUGAUUCCUCUGCAGCUCGGAAUGCUCUUCCAGGUGGUGCCCCAACCCCACAUGCUCAGCUGCUGCCCCAGAUGCAGCUGCCUGCAAGUACUCAGGGGUCUGAUUCCCACCAUGUGACAGAUGUCGUUAGCUUGGGAAAGACCCAGGACUCAUCUACAACAAAUGAGUCAUCUUCCAACUCGAAUGUCCUUAAAAAAGGGGUUGUGCUCCAGGCAAGAGCUUCAGUUCCUCAUAACAGUGUCGCAGGGAGCUCUGAAGGCCCAGCUGUCCAAGCAUUGAAGUACAGACCUAUUGCCUCCAAAGCGCCCACCACGCAGACUGCUGGUGCUCCACCCCAGCCAACCACUUCUAGUGCAGAAAAGACUCUGCUUGACUAUAGCCUGAUUUCCCUUGAAGACGAGGAGCUAGUGAAGGAAUGGCUGAGCGGGAAGCAAGGUGUCCAGGUUCCAUCACUGCAAACCACGUUGCCCUAUUUCCCACCUUUUUUGUGCAACUUAAAAGCCCUCUCAAAGCUACUUCUGCAGAAGGCGGCUCUGGAAAAGCAAGCAGCGCGUCUUCUGUCCUCCGAUGGCGGUCAGGGUGAGGGUGAGGUUGAUUUGAAUGCAAUCACGGAGCUGGUGCAUGAGAAACUGGGUAAUGACCCUGCUUUUCUCCUGCUGAAAGCCCGAUUUCUAGCAGCCUUUACACUCCCUGCUGUACUAGCAACUCUGCCUCCUCCAAAAGUGGCAACGACUCUGUCAGCCAGCAGGAGGGAAUAUGGAGAGAGUGAUGAGGAGGAGUGGCAGAGCGAGGAGGAGGCAUCUGAGGAUGAGAGCUGUGGGGAUGAAUUAGAUGCACGGUCGGAUGGGACGGUUGGUGAGGAGCCUGGAGACCAAGAUGCUGAUUUUCCAAAUAAGGGCAUGGAAACUGAAGAGACUGGUGCACGAUCCAUCGCGGGUGCCUGCACUGAUGGCACUGGCAGCGUUCCUCAAAUCAGGAGAAGCAUGCGCGUCAGGAAAAGGCUCAGGAAAAGGAGGAGGGUGUGAGGAGGAGCCAUUGGAUGACAUCCGCCCUGCGACACGGCAGUGGGAGAUGCUCUUUGCACUAUUCACUCCUCACUCUUGCAUCAAGCUGACCAGGCAGAGCUGGGGAGGAGAGGGAAACGUCUGGGCUGGUUUCCCCAUCACCUAAACAAGUCUGCUUAUUGAGACAAGCUGCAAGUAAUGAAGCAAAAUUGCUGGAGGGAUGUCUUCUAGGCACAGACCAAUUCUGUUCUCUUUCAGCCUAGCAUUUGCCAUGAGUGCUGGGGGGUAACAAUUGCUGGGGACCUGGGGAAGCCAGCAGUGAUAGUUAUUUAUUUCCUUUUUGUGCUCGCCCCUAUUUAUGUGAAUGUUUAUCCGUGUUCUGAGUAUGUGGUUCACUGAAUGUUUUUUUUUUUUUAAUGCUGUGACAGUGUUUUGUUUGGCAGCUGACUGAAUGCUGCUCGAUUAGAAGCAGGUUAAUUUUUUAUCAAAAUGAGUCUUGAGUAUUGGUUGAAAUACAGAUGUUUAUUUUUCUCAAA